AUGUCUCAGAGAGUGGAGAACAAUAACCGGGGUAUUCAGCGUAAGGCCGCUUCUGAGAAGCGAGAGAGGGACGUCACGGUGAGGGUAGUCAAACAGACAUCGUCGGUCCGGAUAAGCAAUUCCUCCGGUAAUGCGGAAGCGACGAUGCGUAUGCUUUUGGCCUCGUCGUCCAGCCCCCGAUCGAGUUUGCGUAGGAGUGAGCCCUCGCUUGCUCAAUCACCCACAUCCCCUACUUCUUCUAUGAAGACCAGCCCCACUUCUUCCGCUACAACCAGCCCCACUAGUCAGUCCCCUAGAGCCAGUAGCAAAGACAGGGCCUCUAAAACAGAAUCUUACUCUAGUCGCAACUCCAAAUCGGAGUCGAACAUAUCUGCCAAAUCUAGUCAGUUUGGAAGUUUACGGAGCUCCACCUCGAGUAGAAUGUCCACUGGACCCACCGCACGUAGGAUUAGCGCUAAAAAGGCACAAUCACCAGAGAAAGCAGAGCCAGAUUCACCGCCAACCCCACCAACCACAGACUCAAGGAAGAUUGAUCUUUUAACGGAAAAGCUAGAGAUCAUCGAGCCCGUUGCUUACGAGAACUACUUGACCCAGAAGCGCUCGCAACUCAGCAAUGACCCUCUCCGGCUCAUGCUACUGUUUCCCGUCGACGACGUAUCGGCGUCGACUAUCCCUCGGACGUUACGUACCACCUGCUCGACAGUGCCAGACAGCGCAUUGAGGGAAGCUACUGCCAACUUUGUCAAAGAGUGUAUAAACAGCUAUACAUCAGAAUGGAGAGUCAUCAACAACAAAUAUGCUGCCUAUUCCGGGAGUUAUCAAGGUUUACCAAACUACCGUAUGCCAGACAGACUACCCUCACAGCAAUAUGAAGUUGACGAGACAGACGAGAAUAAACAGGACGAUUCCCUCCUAUCUCCGUCAGGGAGUAUAUGCAAGCAAGGCUUCCUUCACAAAACACCUUUUGGAAGCAAAGGAGAUAUACAAUUUAUGAGGUCUUACAAGAGGAGAUUCUUCUACCUGAAGCAGUUGGCUGAUAGGUCCUUUCUGCUGGAAUACCACAAAGAUGAAAGGAGCACGGAAGCAAAAGGCAAUAUGUACCUUGACUCUCUUUUGGAAGUUACAAAGACGUCAAAAGGGCGAAAGUAUGGCAUGGAACUUAGGAUGGACAAGAACGUGGUGUACAAUAUCGCUGCGGAGAGUGAAGCCGAGAUGGAGGAGUGGUAUAGCGCCCUCUAUAAGGUGAUUGAACAACAGAAAGCCGACUCCAACAGCGAUAAGCAGAGUGUGUCUUCCAUUGAUGAUUUAGAUCAAGAAUAUGCUGAUGAACUAUCACCGUCGGGCAAGCCAGAGUCCUUUAUGCAGAGUCUGGAAAACAGUAAGCACCCGGAACUUCAAAAGUAUGCGAGAGAGACGGAAAGAAUGAAUGCUCAGAAGAGGCGGGAGAACAGACAGAAAUUGUUCCAACUCUACCCUCGUAUGCAGCAUGGAGAGAAAGCCACUGGGGAGCCAGAGUGUAAACCGUACGAGGAAGAGUUUGGGAAACGUAUAGUCGUGGAGGUGUCUGAACUGCUCUUCAGGUUAUCAUCAGCCCUCAACUCCAGCAAUGAGCCAACGGAGUCUGGUGGAAGGAAUGACAGACUAUUCAAUCCUGAACCAUUCUUCAUGACGUUGGCCCUCUACGAUGCACGGAACCAGCGAAAGGUAUCCGAAGACCUCCACGUCGACAUCAACCCACCCCAGAUCCGACAGAUGCUGGACCGAUUCAACGACGCGGCCAACGGCUCUUCGGGAGACGGUCCAAAGUCCCCGAGAACCAUUCCUGAUGUCAGUGAAUUGGAUAAAAAUUGGAUCAAAUGUCCAAAGAAGGGUAUCUUCACCAUCAGGCAAGCUCACUCAGAGAUCUACCUUGUGGCCAGGAUAGAGAAGGUCCUCCAGGGAAGCAUCGCCAACUGUGCCGAUCCUUACACCAAGCCAGGGGAUGUCGUCAAGACGUGCCAGAAGGUCAUGAAGCAAGCCAAGGUCUUCUGCAGCAGGAUGGGGCAGUACCGAAUGCCUUUCGCAUGGGCAGCGAGGAAAGUGUUCAAAUCGGAUUACGGCGACCUGGACAUGAAGGGUGAGUUCCCGUCCAUCUACCGACAGGAGGGCUCCAAGCUAUCCGAUGAGGACCUACUGAAACACCUCCAUGAUAUCAGGAGGAACCCGGAGAAGCUCACCAAACUGACAGAACUACCAGGAACAAUUAAGGUUUUCAUAGAGCCACUCACAAGGAUGGUUAGCAAUUGCCUCACACCAUCACUAAUACCCAUAAUGCCCUGGCCGUCCGACCUGGCUGACCAGCCGACGUUUGAAGUGGAGGAAUUCUUACCAGAGGAAGGCAAGGUUGCCUACCCGUUUAGUAACUACGUCAACAACCUCUAUAUCUACCCCAUACAACUUAAAUAUGAUGGGCAGAAGACAUUCGCAAAGGCCAGGAACAUAGCCAUGCACAUAGAGUUCCGUGACUCCGACGACGAAGGGGCGCAACCGCUGCGUUGCUUCUACGGUCGACCUGGAGGAAGCCUCUUCACAUCGGCUGGCAGUGUGGCUGUUCUUCACCACCAACAGGUCCCAGAGUUUUAUGAAGAGGUUAAGCUUGCCUUGCCGACCCAACUGAACAACAAGCACCACCUUCUCUUCCGUUUCUACCACGUUAGCUGUGAGACGGGCAAGGGAACCGUCAAGAAGAAGGAGACCGUCGAUUCCUUCGUUGGUUAUUCAUGGAUCCCACUCUUAGAUAAGUCUCAGAAGCUGAACAAUGGGGAGAUCGCCGUUCCGGUGGCUGCCUCCAUGCCUAAUGGUUACUUAUCAUCGGGAAAGGGCGGUCAAGGCAGGACUCCUGAGGUGAAGUGGGUUGAUGGAGGGAAACCUUUGCUCAAAGUCGAUCUCAAACCAGUCACAACAAUAUACUCAACGGAUCCACAUUUACACAACUUCUUCCAGCAGUGCGAGGGUUGGGAUGGAUCACAAAGGAGCUGCUUAGAGAUCAUUACCUGUGUAAAGGCUAUGCAUGCUGUUGACCCAAAGACAUUUAUCAACUUCCUUCCAGUAAUCAUGAACAAACUCUUCGGUCUCCUACCAGUCAGCUUAGUUGAUGAAGUCCAGCUCAAUAUAGUCAGACUGAUCAUCUUCAUCGUAGCCCAAGUUCAAGAUGUAAAGAGAGAGGACGUCCUUCGCUCUUACGUGAAGUACGUGUAUGAGACGGCAAAAGAGAAUGAGAUGAGUCGGACAGUCCAUGAGGAGCUGGUUAAGAACCUGGCUGCAUCGUUACGUCCAAGCACUGACCACAUGGUCAUCAAGAUGCUCAUGAAGCAUCUUUGGUUCUUCUUUGCGAUUCUCAUCAAGAGCAUGGCUCAACAUCUUAUCCUGUCCAACAAACUCCAAGCUCCCAGACAUCAACGGUUCUCCACCAACUUUGAGACUGGUAUCCGCAACCUUGUCCAGGUUCUGAUGCCACACAUUCGUCAGAAGCAUAAAGAAUACCCACAGGAAGCCAAGGACGCCAAUUACAACCUGGCAUUCUUCAUCAAGAACUGCUUCACUUACAUGGACAGAGGUUUUGUGUUCAGGCUGAUCAAUAAUUAUCUUCAGUUCUUUGAUCCUGAGGAUCCAAAGCCUCUGUUUGAGAUGAAGUUUGAGUUACUGAGAGUCAUCUGCAGCCAUGAGCAUUAUAUCGCCCUGAACUUGCCACUCACAAAGAAAGGUCAACAAGCGAAGCAGUUCAAAGUGGCUGGCUCAGCUGUACAGAGUGUAGGAGGAAGAGCAAAAGCUAAUCAGAAACCGACUCCGAAACCCAGAGGUAAUCUUCACUUUUCAGUAAAGAGAGAAUUAUGUGUUGGCACCUGACUAUAUCAAUAAAAAGAAUAACUUAGUUGUCCUGCCUGAAAAAAAAAAAAAAUUACACGCUGCAACAAGACUU